GGCAGGUGUCACCAACACGGUGCCCGCGGGCACCCGGUCGCCCGCAAGGACCACAUGAGUCGCCCGCGGGCCUGUUCCAAAAAUAGCACAUCUCAUAGAGAGCUGCGUCUAAAAAUUAAUUUUGUUCUGUUGCUAUUAUUUUUUUAAUCACACUUGUAUGUAUAUAGAUUUAAAAAAUACUAUCUUAAAAAUACUUUAAGGUUAACGCGCACAAUAUUUACCUAUGGGCAGUAAAGUAGAGCUUGUGGGAUGUGGAGAGUAAGCUAGCGGGCGCUGUAUGCACUUUCGUACCCCAAAAACAUGGCAGAAAAAAGAAAGAAAACGUAUCUCUUUCACAGUGAAUGGGAAGAGGAGUUCUUUUUUACGACUGUAAAAGAAACCUGCGUGUGUCUGAUUUGCGGGACGACCGUGGCGACAGCAAAACGGCACAAUGUGGAGAGACAUUUCAAUACGUGUCACAAAAGCUACCAUGAUAAAUAUCCACCUGCAAGCGCCCUACGGGCAGAAAAAGCCCGUGAGCUAAAGACCGCUCUGGGUAAGCAACAGUCUUUUUUUACGAGGCCGGCCAAAAACUCACAAAAAGCAACCGAAGCCUCGUUUAGAGCUACACAUUUUCUGAUCAAGAAAAAAAAGGCAUUUACAGAUGGAGAAGUUGUCAAAGAAGCGAUGUUAUUAAUUGCUAACACUGUAUUUAAAGACGAGAAAAAUGGAAGCGACCUAAUCUCCACUCUUUCCGACGUCCAACUGGGGGCAUCUACGAUGGCAAGACGAGUAUCAGCUAUGUCCAGUAACUUGGUCGAUCAGUUGGAGCAGGAUCUGGCGAAGUGCAAGUGGUUUAGCCUCCAGUGCGAUGAGUCCGUGGACAGCAGCAGUACAGCGCAGUUAUUGGUUUUUAUCCGGAUGGUGUUUAAUGAUUUCUCCACAAAAGAAGAACUCCUGACACUACUGCCCUUAAAGACAACUACGAGAGGAGUUGACAUUUAUAACACGGUGAAGGAGUUUUUCGUGCAGAAAAAGGUGCCAUUGGAAAAGCUGGUAGCGGUGACAACAGACGGGGCUCCUGCUAUGGUCGGUCGACAGACAGGUUUCAUCGCUCACUGUAAACGUGACCCAGACUUCCCCAAAUUUCUGCAUUACCAUUGCAUCAUUCACCAGCAGGCGUUGUGUGCGAAAGUGAUCGGCUUUGGGCACGUGAUGACUCCCGUUGUGAAAAUCAUAAACAAAAUCCGCUCCAAAGCAAAGCAGCACAGGAUUUUCAAGGUACUAUUAGAGGAGAUGUCAGCAGAAUAUGGGGACCUACUGCUACACACAGAAAUCAGAUGGCUCAGCAGAGGACGAGUUUUGCAUCGUUUUUUGUCUCUUUUGCGUGAAAUCAAAGAGUUCAUGCAGUCCAAAGGCGAAGAUGUCUCACUGCUAGAGGACACAGAGUGGACACUUGACCUUGCAUUUUUGGUGGACAUUACUGGGAAACUAAACCUCCUGAACUGCCAGCUGCAAGGCAAAGGUAAGACUGUUGUCGAUAUGAUAAGUGCUUUAAAUGCAUUUAAAGCCAAAAUGAAUGCAUUCUCUGCAGAUUUACAGAGAAAAAAAGUUCUGCACUUUCCCUCUGUGCAGUCAGUGCUGAAAGACAAUGCUUCUGCAUCUGAGACAUUUGAAAAAGUGGCAGAAAAGUACAUUGAAGUAAUAAACAGACUUGGGCAAGAGUUUGAGAAUAGGUUUUGUGACCUUCAUCAGCUUGAACCAUGUGUGUUCUUCAUUUCCAACCCUUUCAUGAAUGGGGACACCACAUGCUUUGCUGAGCAGUUAAGUGCAACGUUCAACUUGGAUGCUGGACAGGUGGAGAUUGAAAUUAUAACAUUGCAAAAUGAUCUCCAUCUCAAAGCCUACCAGGCUGCACCAAACUUUUGGCGCCUUGUUGACACAGAGAAGUACAGUGGAGUAUGCACAGCAGCCAUGAAGGUUGCCAGCCUGUUUGGCUCAACCUAUCUCUGUGAAUCAGCAUUUUCUGACAUGAACUUCAUCAAAAACAAACACAGAACACGCCUCACUGAUGCACAUCUGAGAGACUCACUCACAGUUGCAGUGUCAAGUUACACACCAGAUUACAACACACUGGUGAACAGCAUGCAAUGCCAGUCUUCCCACUAACCAAGGACGGAUACCAGAUGUAGUCAGUGACAACAUGGUAGUGCCAUGGCAAAGUUGAAUUAAAAUAUUGAAGAAUUGUGUUCAAUUUAAAAGUGUGUUCAUGACAUUUAAAAGUUAUAAUUUUGUUAAACAUAACACAGACUUGGCCAUUAGUUCAAAAUGUGAAAUAAAAAAUGUAUUACAUAUUUAAAAAUAUGUAAGUUGAUUUUGUUUAACAUUACAUAAUUGUUAACUUUUUGAAACAUGUUGCAACAUAGUUCAUGAUUUGUUAACAGGGCAUGUCAGUGGCUUGUGCAAAUGGGAUAUUUUUUGCUAAAAUGUAGUGAUGUAAGUGAUCAUCUGAAAAUGUAACAAAUACUGUGAUUAAUAGAGAUAAAGUGUUGAAUAUUGAUAUCUGUUUCCCACCUUGUUGUCAUUUUUGAUAAUCAUUGUUAGAAAUCAUUAACAUGAUCAGUGUCUUUACAUAGGUGAGUAUUACUAAUCAUUAUAAAUAAUGUAUAACUAAAGGCAAACUGAGCAAAUUUGUUAUUUCAGAAGAGCGUAUCAAACUGGUAGCCCUUCGUAUGAUUCAGUAACCGUGAAGUAGCUCUCAGUUUCAAAAAGGUUGGUGACCCCUG